UUAAUAUUUCUAGGUAAAUUAUUGAAGGCUGAAUAUAUUCUUAGCAGUCUUAUUAUUGACAAUGGAGCAACAGGAGUAUGGAAGUACUGCAAAGAAAGUGAUCGUAUUCUUGUUCAAUCUGUCUGUAUACAGAUCAGAGGACAGAUUCUACAGAAACUGGGGAUGUGGUAUGAAGCAGCAGAGUUGAUUUGGGCCUCAAUUUUGGGUUAUUUUACACUUCCCCUGCCAGAUAAGAAGGGAAUAGCUACCUCACUGGGUAUUCUGGCAGACAUCUUUAUAUCCAUGAGUGAAGAAGAUUACAUCAGAUUUAAAAACAAUUCACAGCUUGGCCUGAACCUUCUUAAAGAAUUCGAUCAUCGUUUACUUUCAGCUGCCGAAGCUUGCAAGCUGGCUGCAAUCUUGAGUCAGUUCACACCAUUGUUUGUGCUCACUGCAGUUAAUAUCCGGGGAAUGUGUUUGCUAACUUACAGCUGUUCAAGUUCAUGUCCUCCAGAAAAGCAAGCAUUUUAUUUAUCACAAGCAAAGGAAUCCUUUGAAAUUGGUUUAUUGAGCAAGAAGGACAAAGAACUAGUCACCAGCAAACAGGAGCUUCACAGUUUUAUCAAAGCAGCUUUCUCCCUUGCCAAAGUACACCAGCGGCUGUAUGGAGAAAGCAAGGGCCUUAAUCAGGUGAAUCAGUUGUGCCAGGAAGCUUUGGAGAAGCUUUAUGCUUACAGUUAUUCACUUCAAAAUGAAGAGCAGGAAAAAGAACUGCUUGCUAAAGACAUUAUGUCCCUGGUCAUGUCGGUUAAAGAACAAUUGCAAGUACAAAAUUUUCCUAAUUCAGAUGCCAAAUCCUACAUUCCUGAUAGCUAUAAAACGGAUGUCAAAAAACAGGUUCUGAAUGGUGAUUUGAGCUUUGUGGAGGUUCUCAGAAUGUAUUUUCAGCAUCAUGAAUCAGUCUGUGAUGUUUUUGAAAGUACUUGCAGAAAUCAUAAAAUUAGACCAGGAAAAGGGAAGGCAAGAGCCUGUAUAACAACUUUGAAGACCGAAACCAGAAAUAUGGAUACUGAAGCAAAUUGUCAUUGUGAAAAUCAGAGUGUACCAAUCCCAGUUUCACAGAAAGCAGGGAAAACACACGAUGGCCUUAAAGACCAAACGGGAAAGAAAAUUUCUCGCAUUGUUACAAGGAGGGUUUCUCUUGAUGAACAGACAGAAAGUGAAACUUCUGAUAAUCAAAAGAAAGCUGGUGAGGUUUCAGUUGAUUCCCAAAGUGGGAAUAAAGUCUUUAGUGAACUGGGAACUUGGAGCAAAUUGUCCAGAUCAAGCUCUAAUACUAGUUGGGAAGAAAUUGUCAAUAAUAAAAAAGAUCUACCCCAAGAUAAGGUGCAGAAGGCAAAGAAUACUAUGGAGUUGCCUGGAGAUAUUGAAAAGAAAAUUCAAGAAAGUAAUCUUUGUUUAUUAACUAAUAAAAUACACAAAAUCACACUUCAACACUCUCAAAAUGACACAGGUUCUUUAAAGCAUCCCUUUCCAAAAAGCAUACCUUUCACUAAUACACCAAAAGAAUUGGACCCAAAUUUAAGAAAGAAGCAUAUGGAGGCAGGAGUGGAUGCUUCAAAACAGUCACCCAGCAGAGCUAGUAGCAGCAACUCCAAACAAGAUAGAGUAAUGAGUUUUACAUCUGAAAAAGAUCCUUUUGGAAUAAUUUCUUCAGGGAAGGUUGCCAGAACCAAGGACAGCAGCAAUGUUACUAUUUCUAGUAUUGGAAAAGGAAGCAUCGAAGACAAUGCAAACCAUACACGAGAUUCAGGCCCAAUAAGUAGAAAUCAUUGGCAAAUUGUUGACUUAGAAGGAGAAACAGAAGAUGGGACAGAUGAUUCACUAAUGAAUCCAGAUCUACCCAGUGAACAGAUAUUACCUGUUUUUGUAAGAAACAAUGUAUUUAAAGCUGAAUGUGACCCUUUUGUACAAAAUUGGAUCAACCAAUCUGCCAAUAUGACAUUAACAGGAUCCUCCUCUAAAAUAUCUGAAGUUAAAACACAAACAGAAGAUGACUGGGAACUGGUUUCUGAUGAUAGAAGAGAGUUAACAGACCAUUGUACUAAUGAAGGUAUAAUAAAAGAUCCACAAAAUCACAGGACUGAGACCCCAAGUGAUUUAUUAGGAUCGGGCAACAAGCAGGUUUCAAAUCAUUCUAGUGACUGUGCUACAACUGAAGAAGAUGAAGGUGAAAAUGUGGGGGUCAUUUUAAACAGCAGCCACAGCUCAAGCUCUCUGAAAUCAUGGUACAAAGGACCCAGUUUUUCCAGUAGUUUUUCUAAACUGGGAAGUUCUCCCUUAAUGAAUUCUAGCGGAAGCUCUUUUUCCUUUAUUAGCAUGGUCAAAGAACAAAUGCAACAAGCUCGUACUCUGAGUAAUGAUGAUUAUAACAAGCUGUUUUCGGGUGUUGAACAUUCUUGGCUAGUUGAGAGAAUGAAGAAUACAGGGGUCUUUAAACCAAACCUCCUUCAUAAAACACACCAUGCUCUUCUUUUGAAAUAUUCUAAGAUAUCUGGCCUGUGGACAGCUCAGGAAACAGCUGCAUAUAUUGGAGAUAACUUGAGUGUGGCAAAGAAAGGCAAGCAGAGGAAUGCUUUUUGGAUGCACUUUCUGCACCAAGAAGAAACCCUGGGAAGGUAUGUUGGCAAAGAAUACAAAGAAGAAAAAGAGAUUAUGUACCAUUUCAAUGAUGUGGAACGGCAAAUGACAGCUCAAUACUAUGUGACAGAAUUCAACAAAAGACUGUAUGAGCAAAAAAUCUCUACACAAAUCUUUUACAUCCCAUCAGUGGUACUCUUGAUACUAGAAGGCAAGUCUAUCCAAGGAUGUGUAACUGUGGAACCCUACAUUCUAGGAGAAUUUGUGAAGUUAUCCAAUAACACCAGUGUAGUAAAGUUGGAGUACAAAGCCACAGAAUAUGGACUUGCAUAUGGUCAUUUCUGCUAUGAAUUUUCCCAAGGCACAGAUGUGGUGGUCGAUUUACAAG